AGACACAAGGGAAUAUAAUGCAGACAUCGAUUCGUGCGUGUGUGCGGGGUGAUAAAAGCCGGGUGUAGGUGCACUCAUUGGUCUUCUAUACAACAAUGAUUGUCGGGGAAGAGUUGGCUGCCUCACCACAGAGACAAGGUGGAGCGCAGAUCACUCCGCCGUCUCUGCCUGGGAGUCCAUUUUAGGUCUACCGAAACCAGGACAAUCCCCGGAUGUAACUAUCAUGGCCGCCAACGGUGACUCGGGCAGCGUAUGAGGCCCCCAAAUACAUCAAUGGAAGAAUAACUGAAGAUCAAAGGAGCAAAAAAUGCACAAGGUAAAUGCCGGUCACGGAUUUAAUUGACCUUCACCCACAAUUUCUCAGCUAAAUCAAUGAUGCGUUCACCAAGUAAAGACUUUUUUAUGGAUGCAGAAGAAUCUACAUCUGCAAAAGAUGGCUUAUGGGAUUAUGGUGGAAAUGCUUUUGUCACCAGCCAACCAAACACAGACUCGUUUUCCAUAAAUGAAAAGGUUUUACAUGGACCCGAGGCAAACCCUGUUCAAUCUGUAAACCAAGUGGGGGAAAGUAGUAGCCUAAAUGACACAGCUGAAAUAACUUCCAAGUCACUAUGUAAGAAACAAACCGCAAGGAAAUCAGUGGGCAGAGGAAGCCUUAAUAAUGGAAAUUCAGAAGAGCAGAAUGCAGAAAUCAAGCUUGAACCAAACCUAGAUGAUGAUUCUGCUAAUAUAGCAGCUAAGGUACUUCACUUUUUCUGUCAAAAAUGCAAAAAUGGCAUUCGAUACAGCCCCAAUGAUCUUCAAAAACACUUUCUAAUAUGCCACAAUGGAGAAUCACCCCUCUAUCCAUGUGAAAUGUGUAACUUCUCAGCUAGUGAUUUUCAGGAAUUUAAACAACACCGAAAAACCCAUAGAAGUGCACUAGUUAAAUGUGAGAUCUGUAACAAUGACUAUUUAUAUACCUUAUUAGGCUUAACAAAGCAUUUCUCAGUUGCGCACUGUGUCAAUGGCCACUUCAGCUGCUCAAAGUGCAGAUUCACCACCAGAGAUGUUGGCACCUUUGUUCAGCACAUUCAUAGGCAUAAUAAUGGAAUUGAAUAUGCUUGUCAAAAGUGCAACCAUAUUAGCUACUCAAAAGCAGAGUUCCAGAGGCAUCUUCAGGGACACAGUACAUUGUUGCCAUUUAGCUGUCAAUACUGCAACUACAGUGCAAUGCGAAAGGAUUUUAUUGUGAAACACAUAUUAGCCAAGCAUGCAGAGCAUGUUCACACGAGAGAUGAACAUUUUGUAGACAAUGCUAACGCGCAUAUGGCACAAACAAAUGCUGGACCGAAGCAUGUUUUAAAAAAUUGCCCAACGGAUAUUCAAGAUAAAUCAUGGCGACAAGACGGAACAGAAAAAGCCGGAGAAAGCAUUGAAAGGUCUAAUAGUAUGCAGUUUAAAUCGCCAGAUAAAGACCAAUCUGUGAAAGACAUUUGGGUUAAUGUUAACUCUGAACAGCCUUUAAAUGAUGGACCUUCACCUGUAACCACAAUAAAUUGCAACAAAGAGGAUGCAAAUACACAAGGUAGUUUGGGACUCUUACAAAAUGUAGUUCACGGGCCAACUGUGCUAAUGGUAAAAAACAAUAAAAUCACUGUUCCAGCAAAUUACAGUGCAACUUUUGUGGGUUACAAAAUGGUUAACGGAAAGCAAAACCUGGUUAUUAAGUUAUUGCCUUCCAAUAAGCAGCCAACCAGUACUUCACAGCCAUCACCUCAAUCAUCAAAUAGCUUGCCUCGUUUUUCUCACAGCACUAAUCAUGGAUCAUAUGGAGCACCAAAUAAUACAGAGAAUCGUUUGACUCCAUCAUUUAAACCUUCUCCCUCAAUGCAGAACUCAGCGCCUGGAACUCCAGUGGAGAAACAGUCUACAUCUGUGUCGGCUACAACUGCAGCACUUGGUUCACUCAUUGCAAGAAAAAAUGAAUCUCUUUCCAGGCUGGGAACCAUAAGCAGACCACCCUCUUUUGAAAACCCACACAAAAAUGUGCCCAGCUUUAAUUCACCAACAUCAUCGGCUUCAGCUAUAGGCAGGAAGAUCAAAGAAGAACCUGGGGAAUACAAUAUUAACGAACACCAGUUUUUUGACAAUGACCAUAACCGUGAAACUGCUAAGGAUCAAAUGCAUUCUUCUACUUCUACUUCUGGGUCAAGUCAAUAUGUUGAUCCAACUACUGGAUUUGUGUAUAGACCUCAACAUCGCAACGAAAGCAGUGGAAUGACAUCUGCCGCAACCAUGUAUUCGAAGGACCUCAACAGUUCACUUUUACAUUCAUCCACAGCAAGUGGUCUGGGGAAUUUCCCUUAUUCUGCCUUUCCACCUAAAAAUGCCUUUGGAAUGAGAGGUGUCCAAUUUAAUGACAGAUUCCCAAGACCGACAGAAAUGAACAAAAGUAAUGCACCCUUCAUGCCAAGGAUUACUUCGGUAUUUUCAUUACAAAGCCGUAUGCCUGAUCCAAAACCUUUUCCAAAAAACACGUACUUGCAUAACAUACUGCAAGAUAACAAAAGAGUAAAUGACAAAGUCUGCUUAACAAAAACACCAGGCCCACUUACUAGCAACAAUGCAUCUGCUUUUUCAAAGCAGUCAUUGUCCAGCCCUGUUCCAAGAUUUGAUAGUCGUAUACCUAAUGGUAAUGUUCCAUCAGCUGUGUUCCUGAAGCAAGAACCCGAUUCUUCAGGAUCUGGUAUUAAAACGUCUUUUUCCACGAGAGUAAGCGAGCUCAUAAAAACACACUCUGAUUCAAUAGUUAACCAACAGCUGACAAAAGACAGAAUCGGCACUAUAACAAAACCUGGAGCCGCUGCUUUUCAUUUUCUUCGCGCACCACAACACUCUGGUAUGCCACAGGGCAAUACUGUUCUUUAUCAAUCUGGUGCUAAUAGGUUUACAUUGCCGUUUUUUGCGAAUAAUCAGCCUGGUGUAAGAAUGAUGACAUCCCAGACAAGAGCUCCCAAUACAGCAACAUUCACCAAUCCCAGCCGGGUUAAUGCACCGGUUAUGCUCAAUACAAAACCUGGCAUGGUAUUAACAAUUGCCAAUGGACCAUUUGGUACCAUAAGAAAUGUGACGAAUGUGAAUAAUGGUAGCUCUCAGGUAAUGAGUACGAUGAACACUAUAGGAAAAAUGGCACUUCCUAGAUUACAGCGUCCUCCUGUACCUCAUAUUUUAAAGCCAGACUUUGGAAACUCUCCAAAUAAUCUUUCAGCCAAUAUAAUUUCUGGUUCUUCUGUAGGAAGCAAACUUCCAAUUAACCUGAAUGUUCUCCAGUAUUGUGUCAACUCAGAUGGGUCAAGAGGAACAACUGGAAGUGUAGAUAGUAACAAGCAACAACACAUGCAAAAGCAGCCAUUUUAUGCCCUUUUGCCUGAUGGAAAGCAAGCGGUCCUGCUAAACUAUGUUUUGCCAAAUAGUGCUUCAACUUCAAACAUGCAGAAAACUGUCCAGGUGAACCAGGUCAGCCGGGCACUCGUACCAAAGAAACCUGAGGAGGUUCAGCAUGCCACUUUAUUGGGAAAUAGUGAUCAGAUGAAGACCAUGUCAGCAUCAUCAGUUAAAGAGGAGGACACUAGUGCAUUUGAUGGCUAUGGCGGAAAGGUGCCUGCAGGUAUAGUCAGCAGUGCAGUAUGUUUGCAGAGUAAGCCAGCAGAACGAAGACUUUGUUUAAGGUCCAACUCUAGUUCUGCUUCAUUAGAAGAUCAUUUUUCUCCUGAAAGUGAUGACAAAACAGUCUCUCCAUCUUCAAAGGUGCCUAAAUCAAAAGUCAAGCAAAAUAAUUUGAAUAUAUUAUCAAAUUCUAAAAAUAGGUCUUGCAAAAGAAAAAUAUCAGAUUCAAGCAGUUAUGAAGCAGACUAUGAAUUUAAAACAAAAAAGAGAGUAAUUGAGCACAUUCAGGAAGUCCCACGAAAGCAAAUGUUGCACAGAAAAUGUAAGGCAAAAUCGUAUACAAGUGAAGUAGGAAGUCCUCCAGAAAUGCCUUCACCAACACCACCACAAUCACCAUCUCCGCCACCGCCAGAACUUACUAAGGAUGUAGUAAGGGCACUAACAUUGUUUCCUGUCAAUGCUAAACAACUUGUAACGUAUCCCCAAAGGGAUCAGCCUGUUGUUGUGUUAAACCAUCCAGAUGCUGAUAUUCCUGAAGUAGUUAACCUUAUGAGAACCAUCUCAAAGUUCAAUGCUAAUGUUCUUAAGGUGUCAUUGUCUAAAAGCACACUUGAAGCCCUUCUAGAGUCAGGGCUACUGAGUGAUGGGAGGCGCAACCGCCGUUCGAAGCCUGUGAGCCCUGUAAAAGAACGAUUUGUCCUUAAACUGACCUUAAAGAAAACUAGCAAAAACAAUUACAAAAUUGUGAAAAAUACACCUACUGACAGGCUUCAGGCUAAAUUUAACUGCUGGUUUUGUGGUAGGGUUUUUGACAAUCAGGAUGAGUGGGUAGGACACGGCCAAAGACAUCUCAUGGAAGCUACAAAGGAUUGGAACACGUUGUUUUAACAGUUGACUCUAAAGAGUUUUACUUGUUGCUUGUAAGAUUGCUGUUCAUAUUUUCCUGUUUCUUACCAGCGUUAUUUUCAAAGUGUUUCUCUUUUCACCAUUUUUUUUUUCUCACUACAAUCCAGUCCAGUAUUUUGACAUAAAGACUUACACUAUUGCUAUUUUGGCUUUUCAUCAAAACCUUUUUACUUUUUUGUAAUUUUUCUUAUGGAAUAUGAUGUGAACUUUGAGUAUUCAAAAUAAUCACUUUUUUUUUUCGUGUUUAAAUUACUGGAAGUAAUAUGGGGAAUUAAGUGAUUAAAAAAAUCCAUCAGUGCAAGGUUUGUUGAACUACAGUGAAAGAAUUGUUUACAAAGCCAUGUAUAAUUGUGUGAAUUCUGCAGUUAAUAUACAGGUGUGUACUUUGUAUAUUCUUACAGCAAUGACUCAGACUUAAUGUACACUUCGUUUUCAAUUGCCAGAAAAAUGUAUAAUAGUACACCUGGUCAGAAAGCCUUGAAAAACACCUAAUUUUUCAUCUGUCUAAAUUUUUAUACAAAACUUCGUAAAACACCGUUUAACUUUUUUUUGUCAAAUGUAAAUAAAAUAAAAAAAGCAUGAUUGCCAAGACGUUGAGAUGCUUACAUUGCUAAUUUUGAUGGAAAUUAAAAGUGAAUAAUUGUGAAUGGCUGUAUAUAUGCAUCUUGUUAUUUUUGCAAAUUCUGUGUACAAAAUUGUGUACUCUUUAAAUUUCUCUAUUAAAUAAUAUUCCAUGUUUUUAGUUUGAAA